AUGGAUUCCACUAAUACUUUUCCAAUUUUAUUUUUCCAUGAUUUGGAUAUAGAUUUGAAGAUAGAAGAAUAAGGAUUUGAUGUUGAUGAUGAUGAUUAACUUAUCAUUGUCUCUGUAUAAAUACAAAGCAUAUCUAAGUAUGAUGCGAGUAAUCCUAAAUUUAUAGAGUACAAACUUAAUAACGAAUCAGCUCUUGCAUUUGGAAUUAUUAUGAUUGAUUAAAUUGGACAAAUAAAAUGGUUUAAAGUUGGGUUAUUAGCCUAUAAAUAAAUCUAUAAAACAGGAAUAAUUUUUUCUUAGAAUAUGAUCACUGCAAUUGUGAACUCAGCUUCAGAUGAGUUGAGAGUAGUCGAAAUGGAUAAAAUAACUGGAAACGAAAUCAGAGAUUUUAAAAUUGGAUUUCUUGGAUCAUCGCCUUAUCCUUCUAAAUCUGAAGUGGUAGUAGAUUUCAAGUAUGAUUCUAAAUAUUCAAAGCUACGAUAUAUUUUACUAAGAUUGACAUCUCUCGAUUAGACGACUUCACCUUAGGUUAAGUUAACCCCUUUCGUAAAGGAAAUAAGAUUACUUAUAUUACAUAAUGACAAUACAGUUCAAAAUCUUUUGAUGAGUUAUAUUGAUUCAAAUAGUACAUACUUCUAUCCAAACUUAUUGGCUUACUAGCUUUUUUUUGGAAAUGAUAAUUUCUAUAUUUCUGCUGGUAUACUUGACUCAUCAAAAUCACAAAAUGAAAUAGCUCUUAAAACUACUUUUCAAUCUCAUACCUGGCUUUCUAUAAACGCCAAUGCUCUUACCACUAAUUAGAUAUCUUACGAAUCAUAGAAGGAUACUGCAUUGACAAAGUCUUUUUUAUCAAAUGAUGAAUAAUAUUUGAUUGACUUGGCAUUUUUCACUGUUGAUAAAUAAGAUACUCUUCGAUAAACACUAUUAGACAUAGCAACUUUUAGUUUUUAUCCUACCGCUACUUAUAUUUAUAUAUUACCUACAAAUUAUAUUAUUGCUGAGGCAUGUCCCAACAAUGAAAUUGUCUUGAUUGGUGUUUUUUAAGGUACUGUUUCAUACUUUUUGAGGUACAAUUAUCUUACAUUAAGUACCAUUAAAUAUGGAAAUUUAAAACAGUUUUCAUCAUAGCAAUUCCUAUAUACUCAUGGAGGUAGUAAAGUUUAUAUUUCUAAGUAUGCUCCUAAGAAUGAUAUGCUUUACUUUCUUACUCCAAUAUAUUAUUCAAAAGGUUUCAAAUUGUUCUUGCACAAAUAUAGUGUUGAUCUAGAUCCAAUAACUACAUGUAUCAUUCCAGAAGAUUUUAAACCACCAUAAAGAACGACUAUUAAUACUCAAUAAGCACCUGCUCUUAAAAUUAUUAAUCUUCCAACGAUAACAAUCUCUUCUCAAACUAAUGUUUAAGAUGAUGUAACCUCAGAUUAAAAACUUUUUUAUUUCACUGGAAAUAUUUCUAAAGUUAUCUUACAUCAAUUAUCAAAUUUGCAAUGUCUUGGACCUAUGAUAAGAAAAUAGAAUUCUAUUGUUAAUUAUGAUUUCAAUCUUGAUCCAUCCUAGCUCUUUAAUACUUUGACAUUUGAAUCUUGCAUAGGGACAGAGUUUUAAAUUUAAGACAAAUUUAGUUACUUUAAUUCAACCUCAGACACUAAUUUCAAGUUUGAUUUAACGAUUGCAAAAAUAAAUGUGACAAUAAAUUAAACAGCAGAUUACGAGAAGUAUGUAGGUUCAAGAUAUAUUGGGGUAUACCCAAAACUAUUUGGAGGUGAAGACCCAAAAAAUGGAGGUGGAGAUAUAGCAAAACAUCUUUUAACUAAUUUUAUUCCUAAAUCAGAAUACGUGAAAGAUGUUACUGCACCAGAUCAUAAUUUCAAAAAUUGCAGUUAAAAAAUAUAUCCCUUGUUUUGGGGGGAAUCAUACCAAGUUUAAAUAUAGCAGUCUACCCUUGAUGAUUACGGUAAUAUAUUAAUGGCAGGAAGUUCGGAUAAACUACCAUUUUCUAAAAUUGCAGAUGGGAUUCCCUCAUUGCUUCAAGGAUUUGUGGCUUUAUUUGAUUAAAGAGCUCAACCUCUUUGGAUAUAUACAGCAUCAUAGAUUUAUUAAGCCGCUUAGAUGGCACUUCUAAAGUUUAAGCAUUCAAAUGGAAUGCUGAUUUAUUCUACGAAUCUACCAAAUAACACAGAUCAAUAGGGAGAUUUUGUCUAAGGUCUAGUAGGAAAUAAAGUUCUAGUGCUCUUUAGAUAUUAUAUUUAUGGGACCAAGUAAAUAGGAUAAGCUGCCCUUGUCUAUGAUGACAUCAUUGAAUCACCUCAAUGGUAUAAACUAUAUAAUACUUAGUAUUAAGAAUCUACUUUCUUAGAUCCGACACCUAGGACAUAUUUAGUUAAUUAAGUCACAGGUUAUUACUAUGUAUUUGAGUCAGUCCCUAAUCUAUUCAUUUAAACAUAUAAAAUUAGCAUUGCUACUGGACUUAUAGAGGCUUUAUCAAGAUGUACUCAGGUUAAUUAGGUAGCUUUAGGUUUCUUUUAUGCUACAUUUUUUAACAUGGAUAAGAUAAUACAAGGAGCUAUAGAUAUGACUAUUGGUUCAAACAUUGCUAUCAUCCAGAUUAUUAACCAGAAUGAUAUGACAGUAAUUGUAUAGGUAAAACUAUCAUUUGGGACAGGAUUUAUAUUAGGGAACAUUGCUAUUGAGGUGAUGAAUAACAACCAAGAUAUUUAUAUAGUCUUUUCAGACAAAUAAAUAGUGGUUGCAAAAUUAGAUACAAAUUUGCAGUCUUAAAAAUAUAAGAUUUACAGAGAUAUUUACUUUAAUGCUAAAAUUCAUAAUUUAAAGAGCUAUAAUAAUGAAUUACUCUAUUUCUUUAGCACACAAACAGUUUAAGCUAAAUACUCAUCAACAAUAAUGAGAUCUGAUGGUGAGCUAAAUUUUGAAGAAUUUUAAACAUUCAGUGGUGAAAACUUAGAUAUUGAAUCUACUGAUUAAAUGUGGAAAAUUCAGCUUGAUUCAAUAAUUAACACACCAAAUACCUUGAUAACAGAGUUUAGUCCAGGCAUAAACGGGAAUUUAGAAACUUAAUUAAUGCAAAAAUCUACAAAUUUAAACUGGACAACUUAAAGCCACUCUCCUAACAAAGUUAAAAGAAAUGAUAAUGGCUUAUCAGUUAUGAGAUAAAAACUUUUUAACGGAAAGUAUCAUUCACCUGGACCAAUUAUCAAUAAAAAUUUAGAAACAGACUUUACUUAUGAAUUUGUGCGUUAAACAGGAAUUUAAGAGAUUUAACUCAACUAACUUAAAGAUAAAUCAAUUUGCUUUGAUAGACCAAUUAUGAUAAUUUUGAUAUGCAGUAUAAACAGGAAUGAGACUCUAUUCUACCCUUAUGUUAAAUUCAAUAACGUUACAAGCAAGAUUAGUAUCAAUACAACAAUGAUCAACAAUGUCAAUUUCUAUCCAGGUACUUAUUAUGUUAAGGUUAGAUAUAUUGAUGCAUAUUAAGUCGAAGCAAGGAUAUUUCUUGAGACAAUCAUUUAAAUCAGAAUAGUGAACUCAGCUAAUAUCUCUUUAUCAUAGUCAAAUUUAACUUAAUGCACAACCAAUCCAUUCGCAUUCAGCUACAACUUUAAUUAAAUCUAUCCACUCUCAUUAUUCUUGAUAAAAGAAGAUGAAAAUCUUUUAUUGGGAGGUUUUUAAAAAAUUCUUGGUGGAAGUAACUAUAGCGAGGGUUUCGUAAUGAGAUUAUCAUAAACAAGUAGGCUUGAAUGGUUCAUUGUUAUCUUAAGUUAAAUCCAAUCAUAAGUAAAUAGUGUUUUGGUAUAGAAUAACUAAGUUUAUUGUCAAUUUAGAACUGAUAAUUAAUUCUUUGAUUCAUAAGAAGCUAUUGUUAAGUUGACUUAUGGUGAAGGCAAGAUUAUUUGGGCUCGAAAAAUUCAAAUGGAUAUGCCUAUAUUUGAAAGUAAGCUUGCUUUUGCAGAUAAUUAUGAGAUAGCAGGAGAUCCCUUCCAUCUAAGUCGAUUCGCAGUGCUCAGCAAAUAUAGACUUGAUUUAUCUCAAAGAUAUAUUAUUGCAUUCUCUAUGCUUGAAGAUGAUGGAGAUAGUUUAACAAAUCCUUUUAAUAUUUUCAUCAAAGAUUAAUCAGCAUAAAGUGAUGCUAAUAACUAAGCUGGAUCUAUUAUUUUUGAUUUAGAUUAAAAUUGCUCUUACUUCACUGGUUUCAUCAGAAAUAAAAGUAACAAUACAGGAAAUGGCUCAUAUGAUGGAAUAAUUGUUAAGGCUGAUUCAGUUACUGGCUAAAUAAUAUGGGCUAAAAGCUUUUGGCAUUCAGCAGCUCAAUACAAAAUAUCUUCAAAUAAUCCUCAUAUAAUCCAAAGCGUAUUUGAUAAAACUUUGAUUAUUGUAGCCCCUAUUAAAAAAGAUUCAUAAAUCAUAAAGUUAUCAUCUGAUGGUUAAUUGAUAUAAAAAGUAAGGAUUAUUACAAAUACUUAAUAAAUCAGAAGAACAAUGAUAGUUUAGAAUCCAAGCAACCAAAAUAUCAUUCUAGUGUCACAAACUGAUGCAUUAUUUGGAAGAUAGUUGAUAUUUUUGGAUAAAGACUUAAAAUCAAUUGAUGGAGGUAGAAUUUUAUCAAGUCCGCCAACAAAUAACUCCUUAACAAUAAAGUUUGUAGUACAAACUAGCACUUAUUUUAUUAUUGCAACUACUGAUUCGAUGCAUAGCUCCAUGGUAUUAUAAGAACCUGUAGUAAAUAAGUUUUCUUUUAACUGGCAUGAAAGUUCCAAGUACCAAUGUGCUGGAUUUACAGUGAAUAUGGAUAGCAAUAUUGGAUUAAUAUAGGAUAGUGACACUAAUUUUAUUGAUAUUUAAGCUGAUACCUCUAUAUAGAUUGACAAUACCAUUACUUAUUAAGUAGAUUUCUUAAGGUCAGUCUAAAUUCAUCCUUAUUAAAAUGCCUCAAGAAUGCCUGUUUCAUUUGGAUAUAGUACUACUACAUAAGGACAAUUAAUUCCAGCAUCAUAUAAGUAUGCAUGCUAGGAUAGUGCUAAUGUACCCCCUUCAGAGAUUGACCUUCCUGAGUUUAGCAUGAAAUAAGGUUCUACUGGAAUGUACCAGAUAGAUGCAUUGCAAGUAAAGCAGUGCUAGGGUUAUAGUUCUAAGAUUAAAACUAUUUAUAAUGAACUAAAAUCGACUACAAUAGAUAGCCCAUAUCUCUCAAUGAAGAAUAAUAUCAUUACAAUUGAUGGAACAAAAGCAACACUAUAGCCAAGCUUUAGGCUUUGGUACAUCUUAGUAGAAUCUAGCAAUAAUAAAUCUGCCACAGUAUAAAUACCUAUUUAUGUAUGGCCUUCAUCCUUCUAAGAAGUUCCAAGGAAUGAAUCUACUAGUUCAUGCACUGGCAUCUUAUUCCCCAAAGCAAUUGCAGCAUCAGAUGGAGAUUUUGAGCAUUUAAAUUCUGAUAUGGACGAUACCAAUGGUAAUUUCUUGAUUUGUGGAACUAACAGGAACUAUUAAUAUCAACAAAAAGAUUAUGCAAGUGGUAGAGGAGGUGUAAUAGCACUGUUUGGAAUAACUGGAAAAGCUUAUUGGGCAUAUGCAGCUUUUCUUCCUUAAAUGUAGUUGGAUAUUAUUCUAAUACUUUUUUGA